CCUCCCCCUUAGGCCCCGCCCCCUCCGCGGCCUGCCCUGAGCCGCUGUCAUGGCCGCGCUGUAGUUUGUCUGAGCGAGAGCACAUGGAGCAGGGCUGAGGGAGACUGAGAGACCAGCUCCGGGACACCAUGGUCGCCGCGUUCGAGCUGUCGCUGUUGCGGGGCUUCCGGAGCGAAGUGGAGGCCAGCCGCUGGGAGCAGGAAGCGGCCGGAGGAAGAGAAGGCACCUUCUUGUUGCUGCAGCUAUUGGAAGGCAACUUCAAAGAUACUCUAUUGAAUCCAAAGAUUAAGGAGAUUUUUCCUGCUCAAAUCACCAUUGGAGAAGUUAUUGACAACUACUUGGAAAAUCAGAUCUUGGCAUACCUUGACAGUCCAUCAGAAGAUCAAACAGAAAGGUGA